AUGGCUAAAUUAAUGUUGAUCCUCACCUAUGCAGCAAUACUAUUUGCAGCCAUCCAUGGUAGCCAUGCAGUCCAAUACACGGUCACCAACAGGGCUGCAACCACCCCCGGUGGAGCCCGAUUCACCCGGGAAAUUGGAGCCCAGUACAGCAAGCAAACUCUAGACUCGGCCACCAGUUUCAUUUGGAGAACCUUCCAACAGAACACUCCAUCAGAAAGGAAAAAUGUUCCGAAAGUGAGCUUAUUCAUCGACAACAUGGAUGGAGUCGCAUAUUCCAGCAACAAUGAAAUUCACGUCAGCGCCCGAUACAUUCAAGGUUACUCGGGCAACGUCAAACAAGAAAUAACCGGAGUUCUAUAUCAUGAAAUGACGCACAUAUGGCAAUGGAAUGGGAACGGAAGAGCCCCGGGAGGUCUUAUAGAGGGAAUUGCUGAUUAUGUGAGGCUCAAGGCCGGCUAUGCACCGAGCCAUUGGGUGAAACCUGGGCAGGGCAACCGGUGGGAUCAAGGGUACGACGUAACAGCACGGUUUCUAGACUACUGUAAUAGCCUAAAGCGUGGAUUUGUUGCACAACUUAACAAUAAGAUGAGGAAUGGCUAUAGUAAUCUCUAUUUUGUGGAUCUUCUUGGGAAAAAUGUGGAUCAGCUAUGGAAUGAUUACAAAGCCAAGUAUAAUAACUAA